AUGCAGGCCUUAGAGCCGGCCGCAGCGGGCUUCUACGAGGAGGAAGAGGGCGGCCGAGACCUGGAUUUCUACGACUUCGAGCCGCUGCCCACUGUGCAGGAGGACGAGGAGAACGUGUCCCUGGCCGACAUCCUCUCCCUGCGGGACAGCGGCCUCCGUGAGCAGGAGGCCUGGGCUGUGUGCCUGGAGUGCUGUCUGUCCAUGCGGAGCGUCGUCCACUCAGCCAUCUUCCAGACGCUCUGCAUCACACCUGACACGCUGGCCUUCAACACGAGCGGGAAUGUGUGCUUCAUGGAGCAGCUGAGCGAUGAUCCUGAGGGUGCCUUUGUUCCCCCAGAGUUUGACGUGACUGGGAACACCUUUGAAGCCCACAUCUACUCGCUGGGGGCCACGCUGAAGGCUGCUAUGGAGUACGUGCCAGAGCCCGAACCUGAGCCCGAGCUCAGUGCAGACCUGGAGGCGCUCCUGAGUCAAAUGCAGGCAGAGAAGCCAGGGGACCGGCCUGACCUGGAGAGCGUCAUCGCGCUAUGUGAGGAGAGGAUGAAGAGCAUGUCCUCCUGCCAUCUGUGCCGCAGUCUCUCGGCCGUCGGGAGGAGAGUGCUCUCCAUCGAGUCCUUCGGGGCACUCCAAGAUGUCAGCGAGAGCACUUGGAGGGGGAGAUUCGCACCCAGAAGUUCCGGGCCCAAGGGGCAGCCUGGAGACCUCAACACUGACCCGGACCUGCCUGCGGGUGGCCCCUGCAGCCAAGGGCAGGAGAGCAGAUGGGGUGUUCGGUCUACACCCCCAAAACCCUUGCUCUCAGCACCCGUGAGAAAUGGCGAGAGCUCCGAAGGGGAGGGGCUAUGCUCAGAGCAACUGGCUGGCCUGCUGCUGGACACCAGGGGGCCCCUGGGCGACCUGGACCGUGGCCUGCUCAGGAGAAGCCGCCUGAGGAAGGUACAGACGUUCCCCCGGCUCCUGGCCGAGGGCCCCGAGGCUGGCCCCCUCUGCCUGUCACUGACCAGAAGCCAGCUGCCUGUACCCGAGCUGUUCACCGCUGACUACAGGAAGAUCUUUCCAGAGGGAAAAAAUGGCCUGCUGGGUCUCAAGGCCAAGUUCAGACUGUGGCCUGAGGAGGGGCCAGAGCUGCCUCUGCACAAGGAACAAGAUCCGGACGGUCCAGGGGACACAGGGGCCCUGCCGGGAGCUGGUCCAGACGGUGGCACGGCACUGCAAAGCUCCAGCCAGGGGAGGGCAGCCAGCACACCAGCUCAGUCAGCAGAAGAGGGGCUCUGUGAGUUCCACCCUGAGCCUGCUGAGGAGAGCCCCCCAGCCCACCUCCAGGAGCCUCGCAAUUCCCAUGGAGAAACCAGGACUGGCUGCAGCACUUCAGGUGUUCCGGAAGGAGCUGGGCAGUCAGGAGCCACGGCCACUGAGCAGUGGACGUCCCUGAAGGACCUCCUGGCUAAGCUCGGCCGGCCCUUUCGGGAAUACGAGCUGUGGGCUUUAUGCCACCAGAGCCUCCAGACUCUGCAGAGCUACAUCGAGUUCCCAGCCUACUUGUGUCUGGACUCCGUGCUGGUCACCGAGGACGGCGCUGUGCUCUUCGGGGCACCCCCUGACAAUGGCUCCUACAACUCAUUUUUCCUGGCUCCGGAGGUCACAGAAGAGAAGCGGGUAACAGAAAAGGCCUCGGUGUACUGUGUGGCCGCCGUGCUGUGGACCGCAGCCAAGUUCAACGUGCCCCGUGACCACAAGCUGGCCCUACCUCGAAAGCUCAAGGCCCUCCUCCUGGAAAUGGCCCGAUGCAGUGCCCAGGAACGGCUGUCUGCUGCCCAGGCAAUCAAGAUGUGCAAUAGCUACCUCCUUCAGCGAGGCAUGGACAGCAAGAAGAUCUUAGCCCACCUGAGUGCGUCUACCUGUAAGGUUUACCAGGAGAAAGAAACCAUCAGUCUUCAAAACUCCCUCUCAGUGAUUGACUUGGAGCUGGACAUGACACCCCCUCCAGAGCCAAGCCCAGGCUUUGUGCCCGUUGGCAAGGACGCCAGGCUGGCCGCCGUUCAAGGACCCGUGCCGGGCAAACACGCCUCCCACACAGAAACCGCGGAGCUGCCGGCUGCGUUCACCUCCGCGGCCACGCACUUCAAACCCAUCGUUCUCGCCCAGGACGCAGACGCCGUAGAAGAGCCCGCUCCAGCCCCUGGACCGGCCGAGAGGCCCGAGGAGGGGAGAGGCUGGGAGAACCCGGGGACACCCGCUCCUGAGGCCCGCGGGGCAACAGCCAGCACCAAGACGCCCGAACGGCCGGCACCGGAUAUGCAGUCGGAGGGCUCAGCCUCGGAGCGGCUCGGAGAGUCGACGGAGGAGCGCCCCUGCCCCACACUCCCCGACCCAGCCCACCGGCCAGCAGAAACCGCGUCCUCGAAGACCCCCAGAUCUCCCGUCCGGGCUUCCCCACCGGCCGCACCGCGGAAGUCACAGGCCCGACCGGAACCAAGGUCAGAAGACACGGUCCGGCUGGAGGCCACUUCAGGAGGUUUCGGACCACGACGCCAGUCCAAGACGCCCAAGGGCACGGCCACCGAGCGCCCAGACCAGGAACUCGAGGGCCCCCGAUGGGCAGCACAGGCCAGUCCAAAAGGCCCCCGGGUUUCCUUGGGCAGAGAGCGGCCCAGGCAAGCCGACCGCAAGCCGUGCGCCUCGUGCGCGGACACCUCGCCGCUGCUGAGGACGACGGCCUGCCCCUCUCUGCAGGAGGCCAUGCGCCUCAUCCAGGAGGAGUUCGCCAUCGACGGCUACCUGGACAACGGAUUGGAGGCCUUGAUCAUGGGGGAAUACAUUUAUGCUUUGAAAGACCUCACCUACGCCACCUUCUGCGGUGCCAUUUCGGAAAAGUUCUGCGACCUUUACUGGAACGAGAAGUUGCUGAGAAGCCUCUUCAAGGUGGUGAACGGAACAUCGCCCUCUGAGAGUGUUUCAGAGGAGGCUGAACAGCAGCCUGAGGGGGAUAUCCAGGCCACCACGCCUAGCAGCUGCUCCUUAUCCAGCAGAAGACCCUCAGGGCCCAGGACUGGGAUAGAGACGCCAGCCACUGCCCAUGCCGGCCGGGCACCCUGCUCGCCCACACCGCUCUCAGACCUAGACUCAGAGGCUAUCUCCCGGGAUAACUUCGAAGUGGCAUUCCGACCACAAAAAUCCAUCAAAGCCGAGAAGGAAUCUGUUGCUGGAGGUGGCCAUCCACACAGCAGGGACCUGAACCCUGAGCCAGUCAGCGGGGACCCCAACCCAGGAGCGGUGGUCCUGUUGGAAGAGGGAGGCCUAGGCAUGCCUCCAGGCCCCGCCGAGCUCCAGGGUUGCAGCCCCGGCUGGUGUAGCGCCUUCUACGAGGCGGACUGCUUUGGCACCGAUGUACACAGCUACGUGGGAGAGCUGGGGCAGCAGAAGACCAGUGGGGCCUCAGACACCCAGGACCAGCACCCGGAGCUGGAGCAGCAGCUGAUGAUGGAGAAAAGGAGCUACCGGAAGACCCUGAAGUUCUACCAGAAGCUUCUACAGAAACAGAAGAGGAGCAAAGGCUCUGAGGUGAAGACAAUGCUGUCCAAGUUGAAAGGGCAACUGGAAGAGAUGAAGUCCAAGGUGCAGUUCCUCGGGCUGGUCAAGAAGUACCUGCAGGUGGCGUAUGCGGAGCGGUGGGGUCUGGAGCCCAGCGCCCUGCCAGUGAUCGUAAACAUUGGGGCAGCCCACUGUGGGACAUUGGACUUCAGCCCCCUGGACGAGUCCUCCUCCCUCAUCUUCUACAACGUCAACAAGCCCCCGUGUGGUGGCGCCAAUGGCGGCAGCAGACAAAAGAAGGCCCGUGUCCUGCAGGCGGGCACACCGCUCGGGCUCAUGGCUUACCUGUACUCCAGCGACGCCUUCCUGGAGGGCUACGUGCAGCAGUUCCUGUACACCUUCCGGUAUUUCUGCACUCCCCAUGACUUUCUGCACUUCCUCCUAGACCGCAUCACUGGUGCCUUGUCCAGGGCCCAGCAGGACCCCACCUCGACUUUCACCAAGAUCUACAAGCGUAGUUUCUGCCUGCUGCAGGCCUGGGUAGAGGACUGUUACACCGUGGACUUCACAAGGAACACGGGGCUCCUGAGGCAGCUACGCGCCUUCAUCUCCUCCCAGGCCAGGCCUCUGGACAGUUACUCAGAGCGUCUGCUGGCCCUACUGGAGGAGAGCAUGGACCGGCGGGGAGAGGGGACCCCACGUGGUGGAGACCUGGAGGACCCCAAGGAGGCUGAGGAGGAGGCCGGGCCCCUCAACACCCUCUGUAAGAAGCUCUCCGAAGAUGGCCUCUCCCGGAAGAGCUUCCCCUGGCGACUGCCCAAGGGGACCGGGUUGAUGCCAGCCACUCACAAGGAGCGCAGGUACACCAUCGCAUCGGCGCUGCCCAAGCCCUGCUUCCUGGAGGAGUUCUACGGCCCCUACGCCAAGGCCAGUGAGAAGGGACCCUACUUCCUGACUGAGUCUAACACCCAGCAGCUCUUCACCCAGCUGACCCUGCUGCAACAGGAACUGUUUCAGAAGUGCCACCCCGUCCACUUCUUGAACUCACGGGCCUUGGGUGUCAUGGACAAGAGUACAACCAUCCCCAAAGCCAUAUCUUCAGAGUCUCUGUCAGCCAAAACAUGCAACUUAUUUCUGCCAAAUUACAUCCAAGACAAAUACCUGUUACAACUGUUAAGAAACGCAGAUGACGUCAGCACUUGGGUGGCUGCUGAAAUCGUGACCAGCCACACCUCCAAGUUGCAGGUGAAUUUGCUGUCCAAAUUUUUGCUGAUUGCAAAGUCUUGCUAUGAGCAGAGGAACUUUGCGACCGCCAUGCAGAUCCUGGGGGGCCUGGAGCACCUGGCUGUGAGACAGUCCCCUGCCUGGAGAAUUCUACCCGCCAAGAUCGCAGAGGUCAUGGAAGAGUUGAAGGCUGUGGAGGUCUUCCUCAAAAGCGACAGCCUGUGUCUAAUGGAAGGGCGGCGCUUCCGAGCCCAGCCCACCAUCCCCUCGGCCCACCUCCUGGCCAUGCACAUCCAGCAGCUGGAGACCGGGGGCUUCACCAUGACCAACGGGGCCCACAGGUGGAGCAAGCUCAGAAACAUAGCCAAGGUGGUGAGCCAAGUGCACGCCUUCCAGGAGAACCCCUACACAUUCGCCCCUGACCCCAAGCUCCAGUCAUUCCUCAAGCAGAGGAUUUCGCGCUUCAGCGGGGCCGACGUGUCCAUCUUGGCGGCCGACAGCAGAGCCAACGUGCACCAGGUGACCAGCGAGAAGCAUUCCCGCAAGAUCCAGGACAAGUUACGGAGGAUGAAAGCGACGUUCCAGUAA